UGCUUUCCGGUGACGUAAGCAACGCGCGACAGCUGUCUCAAACUUUUGCUGUGUAAUCUGUACACACGCGAGCAGGAGACGCUACCACACAUUUAUUUUCACACUUUUAUUCCAACUCGCAGCUAAAUAUCCACCAUGGAAUAUUUACUCGGGAUCACGGGGCCGGAUUUUGUGCUCGUCGCCUCCGACAACGUCGCAGCGAGCAGCAUCAUUAAGAUGAAACACGACUACGACAAGAUGUUCAAGCUCAGCGAGAAGAUUCUGCUCCUGUGUGUCGGGGAGGCAGGAGACACUGUGCAGUUUGCAGAGUACAUCCAGAAGAACGUCCAGCUCUACAAAAUGAGGAAUGGUUAUGAACUCAGUCCAGCAGCAGCAGCGAACUUCACACGAAAGAACCUUGCAGACUAUCUCCGGAGCAGGACUCCGUAUCAUGUGAACCUGUUGCUGGCGGGCUACGAUGACACAGACGGCCCGGGUCUCUACUACAUGGACUACCUGUCUUCCCUGGCCAAGGCCCCCUUCGCUGCCCACGGCUACGGAGCCUUUCUCACUCUAUCCAUUCUUGACCGUCACUACAAACCAGAUUUGACCCGAGAGGAGGCGAUGGAUCUUCUGAAGAUGUGCAUUGAGGAACUGAACAAGCGCUUCGUCCUGAACCUCCCCUCCUUCACUGUCCGUUUGAUUGACAAGGAGGGCAUCCAUGACCUGGAGAAGCUCACCGUCGGCGCCAAGUGACCGUUCACUGCUUAACCACAACCCUGACGCCCUCUCUUUUUUUUUUUUUGUUUUGACCUCCUUGCUCUUUCUGUUCCAAUAAAAAGUGACACACACACAGUUGAGAUACAA